UUUGGGAUCAGAAAAGAAAUGGCUUUUGACACUUCAGAAGCUUUUAGGUAAGAAAGGUGUCCUCUUUAUUCAUCUCGCCAACAAAAGGUUGAUACUUUGGUAAAGGAACUAAUGAAGAAGCAGUAUCUGAAAUCUGGAUCUGGGACAAGGAAGGAAAAGGACAAGGCGAAGAGGUGGUUCUUGGAUAACGGAAGCAUCUUCUUAAGAGAACUUGUAGCUGAUUGUAACGGUAAAUCCAUUCCUAUUCGCAGUUUUUCUCCUGAGCAGAUAUUGAAAGCCACCAACAAUUUCGAUUCUAGCUGUUUUGUCUCGCAAGAUGUAUACUAUAAAUGGUAUAGAGGUGAAAUUGAAGAUAGAUCUUACAUGAUCAAGAGAUUCUCAGAGGAUGAGAUUACAGGAAAACGACAUAGAGUUAAAGAGGUUUACAACGACAUUGUCUUGUCUGCUCGGAUGAGUAAUCACAGUAACUUUCUUCAACUUUUAGGAUGUUGUCUCGAGUUUCCUUUUCCGGUUCUUGUGUUUGAAUUUGCAGAACAUGGAGCUAUGAAUCAGCGAGGAGGUGUUAUAGUUAAUGGUGAAGAAUCUUUAUUGCCGUGGAGUGUACGGUUGAAGAUUGGGAAAGAGAUUGCUAAUGCGGUGACUUAUCUUCACACGGCAUUCCCUAAGAUCAUCAUACAUAGAGAUGUUAAACCGAUGCAUGUUUUCUUGGACAAGAAUUGGACCGCAAAGUUGUCUGAUUUAUCCUUCUCAAUAUCUCUACCUGAGGGAAAAUCGAGAAUAGAAGCUGAAUGGGUUCUAGGAACAUUUGGGUACAUCGAUCCAUUAUAUCAUAAGACGUGUUUUGUGACUGAAUAUACAGAUGUCUACAGCUUUGGAAUCUGUUUGCUGGUUAUUAUUACUGGUAAACCGGCUAUCAUGACUAUUUCUGAUGGAGAUCUCCAAGGUAUUCUUAGCUUAGUGAGAGAGUUAUGUGAGAAUGGGAAGCUUGAUGAAGUGAUAGAUCCGAGGUUGAUGAAAGAUAUCACAAGUGGUCAAAGGUUGCAAGUGGAAGCAUGUGUGGUGCUGGCUUUGAGAUGCUGUAAGGAGAGAGAUGAAGACAGACCAAAGAUGAUCCAAGUAGCUAAAGAACUCAAGCAGAUUGAAGCAUCAUUGAAAAAUUCUAGCUAGAGAUCCGCAAGGAACUUUUUGGAUAUUGAGAUAUCUUCGCGGAGUAGGCAUCACAAGAACAUGACUGAAGAUAGGAGCAUCUUUGGUGCCCAAAAGAAGAGGUAUCAGUUGCUUGGACUAUAUAAAUCUAAGUAAACAAUUCUUGCAUUGUGUAGCAAGGAAACUCAGAUUCUUACAUACAACAUAUUUAAUAAAAGCUCGAUCAAAAACAAGAUACAGUGAUUGCAAUUUUCACUACUAAGCCUGUAUAAUAGAUAGACCUGUUUCAAGUCGCAUUAGAAAAGGUUGCAUGGUCAUAUAUGUUUCUCUAUCUUCUUAAGCUCUUUUGCAACGUCUAUCAUGCGAGGCACGUUCUCUCCUGGUCUGAAUCUUACACAUCUAAAAGCAAGCUCAAUGAACGCUUCCAUUUGCAGUCUUGAAUGCUUGGGAAUGUCAUCACUCGUGCUGUCCAAUAUCGACGGGUCUAUGAGUUCAGUCAACAAACCUCGCUCCAGAAACUUCCCAACAUAGACAGGCAAUACAGGAAGAUAAACAGCGACUUCUGAAUUGUAUUCAGACUUUCCUGUCAAAAUAAUUAGCAUGAUGAUCCCAAGACUAUAGAUGUCGACAUUCUCGGUGACCAAACCUGUAUUAAAGUAAUCAGGCUCGAUAUAGCUUGAUGUCCUGCAAACCAUGUCAUUUACGCCAGUUUCACCCUCUGGAAGCACUAUACUGAGGCUGAAAGAAGAGAGCUUAGCGGACCAAUUCUCGUCAAGGAAAAUAUUUGCAAGCUUUAAAUCCCUAUGGAUUAUAGUCCUGGGGAAUUCAGUAUGAAGAUACGCUACAGCAUCUGCAAUCUCCUUGGCGAUUCUCAACCUUACAUUCCAAGGGAAUGACCGGACGCCUUCUUUUCCACAUCUUAUACAGUUUAGAGCUCCAUGUUCUGGAUAUUCACACACGAGAACCGGACGAGGAAACUCUAGACAACACCCCAAGAGCUUGAGAACAUUCUUAUGGCUACUCAUCAAAGAUGAAACAGCAAUGUCACGGUAAAAGUUGUCAGCGUCGAAAACAGAACAGUCUUGGAAUUUCUUGAUCAGUACGGGUCUGUUUUCAAUCAUGCCUUUGUACCACACGAAUCUGUCUUCAGAGAUUACGUAGUUCCAGUCAAAGUGAUUUGUAGCUUGUAGGAUUUGGUCGGAAGAAAACGUACGGAUGGGAUUGUAUAUACCUCCUGAAGUUGCAAUGAGUUCUUCCAACAGUAAGCUCCCAUUCUUCUGGAGAUUGAUCUCCUCUUCUUUCUUCUGCUUCUUCUUCUUUCUGAACAGACGCAACAUCUCUAAACUCAGAAAAGAAUAUUGUCUUGUGAGUUGUGAAGAAAGGGACACAAGAAAGAAAGAGAGUCGGAGACGCAAGAACAAAUCAAGUCAACGAGGUCACUUCAAAAGUCAACAACUUCUCCUUUUUUUUGGUCUAAGUCAACAACUUAUGAAACAUAAUGUGAAUCAUAAGAUUUUUCACUUGAUGACAUUUUGUAAUGACUAAUUUACAAAUAUGUUGAAUAUUUUUUUAUAAUCA